AUUCAUUAUCAUUACAACAUCACGCGUAACUAUAUUACGAUUUAGUUCAAGAACCCUUGUGCUUCGUCGAUAUGGAGGUGGCUUCUCUCCUCCAACCAUCGACCACCAAUGGCACAAACGUCAAACCAAGCACAAUGGAGACCCCCAUGGAUAUCGAGAUGGACCUUGAUCUAGGACCUUUACCAGAACCAGAGCAUGUUGAAAUAAAUCAAGUUCCAUUAGCCACGGCGGACGAAGCCGCUGCGAGCUCUCACCUCAACGAAGAACCUCAGUUUGAAAAGGUUCAUAUUCGGGGAGUUGAUGAGCUUACUACAGAGGAUCUGAAGCGGUACGCAAGUGAGCACUUUGCAGCAGAGGAACUCACCCGGAUAGAAUGGAUCGACGACACCUCUGCGAAUCUUGUGUAUAGCUCUGUCGACGUCGGUCUGCAAGCGCUGGCUACAUUUUCACAACAAAACCCGGAGGAAGACACGUCGCGAUUACCUCCACUGCGACUCCGGACGGCGAAAUCCCUAUCUACGCAUCCAGAGUCAGUCCUGCAAGUACGAACAGCGGUGAAGACAGAUCGAAAGAAGCAACGAGCCCAUGAAUCGAGCCGUUUCUACCUUAUGCAUCCAGAGCAUGAUCCCCGAGAGCGAAUGAUGAGAGAGUUUGCAGACAGGCGGCGUAACGGCCGGAGAGACGAUAAUGACAGCGAUUACUCAAGAAGACGAUUCGAUGACAGGGAGCUUAGACGAAGACGGGGUCGCGACAAGGAAGAAAAUUUCAACGAGAGUAUGUACGAUGACGACGCUGCGCGGAGUAGAGCAAGGAGCAGCUCAAACGAAGGCAGGCUAAAUGGAGAUGGAGGGGAAGAGAGAUGGAGCCGUAAUAGGCGCGAUGUUAUUGAGCUCUUCCCCGACGACAACCCUGGCUCGUUAGGUCGACUUCGGGGUCGUAGCGCUUCUCCGCUUAGAAUGGAAUUUGAUCAAGGAGACCCUACGAUGGAUAGCCGGGAACGGACCCGUAAAUCUUUUAGAAGCCGUUCUCCGAGGAACAGCCGAAACAGAGAUCUAAUAUAUGGGGCCGACGAAUAUGCCACUAGCAAUGACAGCUCUGAGCGCCGGGAGUUAUUCCCAAACAAAACAACAUCCAGUUACCUCAAAAGGGAGCUUUUCUCCAAAAAAGUCACUUCAAGCAACCACCGCCGCUCCGAUGCGUUCGAUGCUGCCGACGAAACUGCAGAUCUAUUUUCUAAACGAAUACCGGUUCCCUUGAUGGAUGGAACCAGUGGUGGCGAGAUAUCCGGCAGAUCAACAGGCCAGGUUGAAUUAUUCCCAGAUAAAAGUGACAAAAAUGGAAUCAGCAUCCGUGGUGGUGCUGCCUCGGAGGAUAAGGGAAUCUCUAUUCGUGGCACUUCUCAGGGAAUAUCUAUCAAAGGUGCUGCCUCCGUUAGAGAGUUAUUUCCCUCCAAAUAUAAUAGUAACGAGGGGAAAGAACUGUUUUCGGACAAGCUUCAGGGUCGAGGGGGUAGGCGCAGGAAAGCGGAGGAUAUGUUCUCUUAAAAAGGAAAUUGGCACUCUGACCUUUUUAUUUUCCUCCCGUUUUGCGAUGAUCUGAUGAUAAGGCCCAAGACAAUUUGGAUAACGGUAUUUCACCGUUUUAUAGAGAGAAGGUAUUUUAUUAUUGUAUUUUGGACCUGGCAUUAUUUUUUUCUUGUUUUAUGAGUUCAUUCGCAGACUGGUAUAUGACCUUGGCAGCAGUGUAACCCGCCGAAACUCUUGGGCAUUUUGAAUUCCGGGAUUAAAUUACAUGUUGAAAAUCCAAGUGACUCCAUUAGUCUCCUACCUAAUAG